UUUCUGUUCGGCAGCAAGGGGACCGCGAGGUGGGCGCCGAAGGCUGGCGCCGCGAUGGGCGUGCGUGCGUCCCAAGCCGGUGGCCACGCUCCGGGGAAGAGGGUGGGCGCGGAGCGCCCGCUCCAGGAGGCGGGAGAGGGGAGCGAAGUGAGGACUGCCGUGAAGCCCGAAUCUCAGCUGGGAGGACUUGGGGGAGAGCUCCGAAGCAGAGCUGCGGGCACCCCUCAGCCUCCCCGACCGCCGGGGGGCCCUCCGGGCACCCCCUCUGCGGCCGCGCCUCGCGCCCUCCCUCCCGCGCCGGCCAACCUUGCUAGUUCACCCGCGGGUCUGGCGAGGUCGCUCUCGGCGCCCGCCCGCCCGCCUCGGCUCCGAGCCCCGCCGCCAUCCGGGCGGCUGCGUGUCUCCCUGCCCCGGCCCCCCCCUCCCCGGCGGCGGCGGCGGCGGCAGCAGCAGCAGCAGCAGCAGCAGCAACAGCCGCCGCCGCCGCCACCACCACCACCACCACCACUACCACCACCACCCCCCUCCCCUCCUUCCUUCCCUCCGCCUCGGCCGCCCGGGUCCCCCCAGCUCCCGCCCCUCCUCCCAGCUGCCCCCCGCGGAGCCCGCCCGGGCAGGCUGUGGGAGGGAGCGGAGCCGGCGAGGCGGGCGGGCUGGCGCUCGCUCCCCGGGGGUCGGUGUGCGCUCUACGGGGAAGGACGCGCUCGCUGCCCCCGCUUCUCCCGCCCCCCCCUCCCGCUCCUCCUCCUCCCUUCUCCCUCCUCCUCCCCGCUCCGGCGGCGGAGGCUGCGGCGGCGGCGGGGGGUGUGCGAGCUGAGGCCGGGGCCGGCGGGCGGGCGGCGGGCGGGCUGCCUGCAGGCGGAGGGCGCUGUGCUUUGUGCUUUUCGCCGCGAGGAGCAGCAGGCAGCAGCAGCCACAGCCGCCGCCGCCGCCACAGCAGCAGCCGCCGCCCCAGCGCCGCCGCCGCGCCCGGAGGAGGAGCCGCUGCCGCCGCGGGAGGGAGCUGCGGCUGUGCCCGGCCGAGCGGGGGAGGGCGCCGCCGCUCAGAGCCGGGGAGGGAGCCGCCGGAGCGGGAAGCCCGGAGGCCGCGCUGCGCCGGGUAACCGAGGCGGCUGAGAGGACGCGCGCCGGGGUCGGGGCCAGGCGGCGG